AUGUGGGCUUUCUUCCACCGUCGCAUCUCACCUGCUUCCGUCAACUUUGUCUCCAGAUUGACUAAACAUCGAGUGCACAGUGGGUUUCGCAGCUGGUCACGUCAGGACUCACCACCCCUUAUCAGGUAUAGCUGCCCUGUCUCGAUUUCUCAAUACAACCCCUCCUUUACAAGAGAAGCGUCGUCUCUUUGGGCAUUCGCUGUUUCUGCUGUUAUUAUAUUCGGUGGCUUGGGAUUCCGUCACAUCUACUGGAACUCGGACAAACAGAGCAUCACUACUCUAACCCCUGCUCUAGACAGCUUCACUGUUGAAGAAACAACUGAACAAGGUAAAGAAAUGGCUACAUAUGUAGCACCUACUGGGCACGUUGGCAACCUUACAGAGGAAGAGGAAGCGAAACUCAGAGAGUUUUGGGUGAUCCUUUUUAAAAUAUUCAAUAUAGGCAAUGAUGAGUUGAAGGGGUGGACGGAUAAUUUGUCGUUUCUUCAGAAAGCGACCAGUGCAAUUGAGAACGCGUCAGAUAAGGCAUCCGUGACGGAGAAUAAGAAGACUACGACAAAGAAACGAUUCGGACUCUUUUGCAGAUCUACUGAAACUGCAGGAGAGGAAGCAGCUCCGAGCGGUAACAGCCAAGCCAAUGCGUCCGAUGAAGACGAUAAAUAUGGGCUAAACAAGGAGUUCUUUUCUGCGUUAUCAAGUCAAUCUCCAGAGGAACUACGGCUUGCAUUCUGGAAUACGAUUAAGCAUGACCACCCCGAUGGGCUAUUACUUCGAUUUCUCCGUGCUAGGAAGUGGGAUGUCAACAAAGCUUUGGUGAUGUUGGUUUCUACGCUAAAAUGGAGAACCAAGGAGUGGCACAUAGACGAAGAUAUUAUGUUUAAGGGUGAAGCUGCGAUCCACGAUAACAACAACAACAACAAUAGUGAUGACGCCACCAAGAAGGAGGCGCAAGAUAUGCUCCAGAUGCUUCGUAUUGGAGAGGCUUAUAUUCGCGGCAAGGAUAAAACAGGGAGGCCGAUUUGCUACAUUAGAGUCCGCCUGCAUCGUAUUGGCGCCUAUUGCCAGUCUGCUAUAGAGAAGAACAUUAUAUUCCAAAUAGAGACUUCUCGUCUCAUGUUAGACGCUAAGACAGAUACUGCUGUCAUCGUCUUCGAUAUGACUGAUUUUGGUCUGGCAAAUAUGGACACUAUACCUGUUAAAUUCAUCAUUAAAUGCUUUGAAGCCAACUACCCUGAAAGUCUCGGUGCCAUUCUGGUGCACAAAUCACCAUGGAUAUUCUCCAGUUUCUGGUCUAUUAUCAAAGGCUGGUUGGAUCCCGUAGUGGCAUCGAAGGUCCACUUCACAUCGAAUUAUCAGGAACUUGAGAAAUUCAUCGCCAAGGACGCCAUCCCCAAAGCACUUGGCGGCAAUGACAACUACGAGUACGAGUACUUGGAGCCUAAGGCAGGGGAGAACGAAAAGCUAAAGGAUACCACUAAAACCGCCGAACUCAAGAGAGAAAGAUAUAAGAUCAUCGACGAGUUCCAAAACGCAACUAUAUUAUGGCUAAAUGCUGCAGAUAAAGGCGAAGAGAUCAAGAAGCAGAGACAAGAUAUCGCCUCGAGGCUGAGUGAUUUCUACUGGAAGCUUGAUCCAUACAUCCGAGCGCGUUCCAUCUAUGAUCGUAUUAGGGACGCUGAAGCGGCAGCAGACGCUAAGAACCCUAGAACGGGAACCCCCGCAAAUACAGGACAGUCUCCAGUCUCGGAAAAGCAGGAGAGCCCAGAGUCUCCGAAGUCACAAACACAAAUUGUGCCAGUCCAGCCUAUAGCUGCGACUGCUGCUGCCGCUUCCAAUUAG